ACACCAAUAUGAAAGUUGUAGGCUUUCCGACAGAAGGGGCUUUUGAAGAUUAUGUUAGGCAAAAGAAUAACUCUAAGAGAGUUCUGGCUGCUAUUGUUUUUAACCACAACUUCAAAAAGAGCAAUGAUCCCCUGCCGAUUCAGGUAGACUAUUACCUGCGUUUUAGUGGUUUUUAUAAGCACAGUUCGAAGGGGGAACUUUAUAUAAGAGAUGACUGGAAGACAAAUUUUCUCUUUCCACCUGUCUCUCCGGUGGGACCCAGAAACUAUGAUGCAGAUGGGGGAAGUCCUGGAGUACCAGCUCAUGAUAGGACUCAGUAAUUGGAUGCUCUGGGCUGCCUAUUUCUGCACAUUCCUCUUGUUUUAUUCUGUCAUCAUCA